CGCACGAAAGAAGAGGGGAGGGGAAGGGUCGAGCGAGAGUGCAAACUUCUUCAAGCUGGAGAAACACACAAAAACAAGCCCUGCUGAAAAUAACCGAGAACGAAAGUCUGGCGAUUCAUUUAGACAAAGCACAAACAGAGGCUCAAUUCAAACUUAAGGUCGAAGUUGGAACAGGAAAAUGGAUGGGUUAUUCAACUGGGUGGAGACCAUGAACCAGGUGAACCCCUACCUGGAGAUCAUCGAGCAGCCCAAACAGAGGGGCAUGCGCUUCAGGUACAAGUGCGAGGGCCGGUCUGCUGGCAGCAUCCCGGGGGAGAAGAGCAACGACACCACCAAGACGCACCCCGCCAUCAAGGUGCACAAUUACAAUGGGCCGCUCCGUGUGCGCAUCUCCCUGGUGACCAAGACUCCGCCCUACAAGCCACACCCCCAUGAGCUGGUUGGCAAGGACUGCAAGCACGGCUACUACGAAGCGGACCUGCAGGAGCGGCGUGUGCACAGCUUUCAGAAUCUGGGCAUUCAGUGCGUGAAGAAGAAGGAUGUGCCCGAGGCAAUUUCCUGCAGGCUGCAGACAAAUAACAACCCUUACAACAUCUCUGAGGCGGAGAUCUGGGCAGAGGAGUACGACCUGAAUGCGGUUCGGCUUUGCUUCCAGGCCUCCAUCACCCUGCCCACCGGGGAGAUGUGCCCCCUGGAGCCGGUGGUGUCCCAGCCCAUCUAUGACAACCGGGCUCCCAACACUGCAGAACUGAAGAUCUGCCGCGUGAACAGAAACUCCGGCAGCUGCAGAGGGGGGGACGAGAUCUUUCUGCUCUGCGACAAAGUGCAGAAAGAGGACAUCGAGGUGCGCUUCUACCUGGACUCCUGGGAGGGAAAGGGCACCUUCUCCCAGGCCGACGUUCACCGGCAGGUGGCCAUCGUCUUCCGCACGCCCCCCUACAGCGACCCAAACCUGACGGAACCCGUGCGGGUCAAGAUGCAGCUGCGCCGGCCCUCGGACCGCGAGGUCAGCGAGUCGGUGGACUUCCAGUACCUGCCGGCAGACCAAGACGAGUACAGGCUGAAAGAGAAGAGGAAACGCACGGAGGGAAUGUUCCAGAACCUGAAGCUGGGAAGCGUCAUGACAGGGUCCAUUUCUGGGGAGAGGAGGCCCUUCAGCACGGCCAGGAGAACAGUGACUGCACCCAAGCCUCCGGUCGCUAGCGGGCAGGCUGUGGUGAACCCCGUGGCCCCUGUGGCUCCAGUAAAGGCCCAGGCCUUCUUCGGCCAGCAGCCAGGGCAGCUCUUCACCAGCCAGCCCAAAACGGAGGCGGCGCCUGCCUCCGAGCCCUGGCAGUUCCUCAGCAGCCUCACCCUGGAGUCCCAGCCCAAAGCCUCGCCCGUGGCAGGCCUCUCUGUCUCCAACCCCGCCCCCUCCCAGGACUACCACACCGUCAACCUCACCGACCUGUACGACUACAACUACGUUGACUUCACCAGCUCCCAGGACCCCGGGUCUGGGAAGGGCGUUGGGGGCGGAGCGGGCGCUGUCGACGGGAGCGGAGGCGGAGGAGGCGGAGCGGGCGUCCCGGAGGCCACCGCACCCUCCGAGCCCGGCUCCUCCUUCGGGGCCCUGGGGGCGCGGUUCCGGGCGGAGCCCACCCUGUGUGACGAGGAGCUGCCGGAGUUCCCCAGCCUCCCCGACGGCCACGCGUCCGUCACCCUGGACAGCAUCAACACCGAGGAGUUCCAGGCCCUGCUGGGUCAGGGCGGGCUGGCGGGGGAAGUGGCGGCCUGCUCCCUUCCUUCCUCCUGCUCCCUCCCCGCCUCCUCCUCUGGCACCGCCCAGAAACCCGCCGACCCGUCCGCCAGCCACAACGGCUGUGGCAGCACCUGGAUGAACUACCCCAACAGCAUCCUGAGCCUGCUGCAGAACGAGGGCAUGAUGGACGCCCCUGUGGCCACGCCCCCCAGCCUCCCCGGCACCCUGGACGACCUGGAAGACUUCAGCUCCAUGGACGAGGACCGUCUCAUGUCCAUCCUGUCCAGCACCACCCACGCCAGCUUCAUGUCGGGACACCCCACCUAACUCCCACCCACCCCCGCCCCCUCCGCUUCCACACGGACCAGACUGCACCCUAACCCCCCCUCCUCCGCACCUGUGAUCUCCACGGUUGUUCUUUAAGUGCUGGAAGGCCUCACGGAAACACAAAUGAAAGGUUUUUUUGGCGAAUGAGACCUACAGGAUGAGAAUCAUUCCUUUCUCAUGAGGGUGGCUCUGUAAGGACCUCUAGUGCUCUGUGGGGGCCUGUUGGACAGGUAUUACUCUAUGAAGGGGGGUGGAAAUCAGGGUACGUUCAGAUGCGCUGAGCUGCAGAGCUCCAUGUCUUCACAGAUGGCUCCCUCGUGCUUGGCUGCCUGUUGUAAGACUGUCUCAUGAGUCUCGAAUGACAACUCCAGAGAAAUUAAACCCACAUACAUGUAUAUACACUGCACCUACACAACGGAAACAGAGGCAGCCUUUGAUUGAAGAAAAGCAUGAUUUUUUUAUAUACAAAAUAAAUGGCCAAUCAUCUGAAUUGUGGCUAAAAACAGCACAAGAUUUUAUGACGUUAUGGCUUUGCGGUUUGCUGCAGAAAGUUGGCAUAAUUCAAAGUUCACAAAGUGGACAUGGAUGUGGACAUGGAUUCCAGCAACACUUGUCUAGUUAGUAUAGUCAUGUAUAUUCCUCUGCUGAAAAAGAUGUAACUUGGCCCUUGAUUUUCUGUAAAGUCCUCUUAGAAAGAGACCUCUCCCCAAGGACUACAAGACACAAGUCAACUGAAUUCUACUCCUGUUUCCAAAAAGGCUUGGCCCACCCUGGAUCAUGUGACGGUGCAGAAUACCUGCUUAAUUUCACAGUGGGAGUUCAGUAUAUUUCCUGCUUCCUGAGACGGGAAGCUAACUCAGUAGUGUCCUCAUCAUGUUGGAAAAAAUUUGCUACUUUGCAGCAGAUGGUGUCUGGGUCUGGGUCUUUUUAGCAAUAAGGUAGUAAGUAUAUUCCAGUCAUGUCUAGUGGUGCAGCAGGAAGGUGAUCUGACUGUUCUCCUGCGGGGUGGGAAUGUUUCAUCAGAUGAGGUGGCUAAGGAUUAGACAGGGGGGUUGAUUGGAGAGGAAAUCUCCUUUGCGGGAGGGAUCCAAGUGCCUUACAUGGCAACCGUGCCACCGCCACUGUGGCCAUGGUUUAGCGGGGCUACUCAACGCCAGCUCCGGGGGCAGCAGGGGCUGCAGGCCUGCUCGGUCAUCCAGCACAAAAAAAUCACUGAUUCUCUAGUGUCAAGUCAAUAAAGAAAUAAAGAAUAAAGAAAUGGUGGUUGAGUUAGAUAGAUCCCCUGGUGUGGUGCCUGGCUGGAACGUGGGCCUACAGGUACUGCAGGCCUCCUGGACCAGGUUUGAGAAGCCCCGCUGCAGUUUACUGACAGACUCUGACAUGUCAGUCUGCCUGCGCAAAGGGCAGGCUUGUUUUCCAAAAGGGAAAUGAAGACAUGCAAAAACCCCCAUCCCCUCUUGUGCGGCGUUCAAGCGAUUUUGUACACAGUAAGGAGUAUUUUACCCCGGGCUUCCGAGUUGUAGUUUGUAUGUAUGCGUAUGUUUGCGGUUGUUUCUGUAGUGUGCCUCUUCUCUGCCGUGUCAAAAUGUCAUUUCUGUUUCGGAAUUUCAUCUCAAAAAGACCAGCCAAACUGUAUCUUAUAGAGUAAUUCAGAUAUACUCCAGAAAAAGAGGACUGCUUUUACAAGUUGCAUGAUAGAAGGUUUUAUAACCAUAUAUUGUCAAUUUUUGUACAUUAGCAAUUCUGUAGACAGUGCAUACUAAAUACUAUUUGCACUAGUUAAAUCUGUUUUUUAUGCUUCAAUGUGGAGACUGGACAUACUGAGUUUCCUUAAUUGUUGACAGAUGUGUCACUUCUCCCUCAAGAACAGUUCGGAGUAUUGCCAAACACAAUUCUCAUACAUAAAUUCAUUUUAGGGCAAUAUCAAAGUAAAUGUUAAAAUCCUGUUUUAGCACUACAUUAUUUGCGUUCAGAGGUGCCAGUGAUGUGAAGUAACAUCGAAAAAGUAAUGGUAGCAAAUACACUGAUAAAAGCUCUGAGAAAAUUCAGUGUGUGAGGAAGUGAAUAUAGAGCUUUGCCUUUACAUUAUUCAGUUUUUCAGGACAAAGUGACUGGCAUGAGAACGUUACAUUAUUUAUUUUGUAAUCAGAUGCUCUUAUCUAAGAUGAUGUGGAGUUUUACCCCUUUGCAAAUACUGUAAGCUGUUUACACGUCUUAUUUUUACUGAAGAAUCGAAGGCUUCAGGAUUGUACAGUAAACUCCGGUAGCGUUGGCUAAAGCAUCUGCAUCUGCUUUCCCCUUUAGGUAUCUGUAGCCACAAUCAGUCUGCACUGCCUUUUGUGUGAAACAAUCAAAUCUAUGUGGAUAUUUUGUACAAUUUAUGUAUGCAAGUAUAUAUUAAUUAUAUAUAUCAUGGAAACACAAACCAA